GCCGAAGAAAGCGCCCAACCCCCGCCCUUUUCUUCUUCUUCUUCUUCUUCUUCUUCUUCUUCUUCCUCUCUCACUUUUCCAAACCAUCAACGUGCCCUUCUAUUUCCUUCUUCCCUUCCUCCGAGGGCUUCUGAUCCGGAGAGACAGAGAUGAUUGGGAGCAGAGGCGGCGGCGGUGGCGCGGCGCCGAGGCCGAGGCGGCGGAGCGACCCGGGCGACAGCCGCGACCUCUCCGUGGCCACCACCACGGAGUCGUACAACUCCGAGAGGUCCGUGGGGAGCGGCGGCGGCCGCGGGACCGCCUUCCUCGACGCCUUCCGGUCAUGCUUCGUCUCCGGGGAGGCGCAGGCGCGCUCCCCGGAGACCUCGUCGUUGUCCGACGACUUCCAUCCCUCACAACAGCUAUCACAGUCGAUAAGCUCACAAGGUUCUAGCAGUGGAAGCAAUUUUGAGAUGCGGAGAUCAAUGAAAGGACUGUAUAAUCCAAUGCAUAGAAAUUCUUCAGGAAAGGAGAUCCCUGGAAGCACACAGUUCUCCUUACCACAGAUCCAGAAAGCAACCAAAAAUUUCUCGCCAAACCUGAAGAUUGGGCAGGGCGGUUCCGGGACAGUAUACAAAGGUCAGCUUAAUGACGGCACUCUUAUCGCCGUCAAACGGGCCAAGAAGAAUGUGUACGACAAGCAUAUGGGUCGUGAGUUCCGGAACGAGAUUGAGACGUUGCAAUGUAUCGAGCACCUUAAUUUGGUAAGGUUUCAUGGGUACCUGGAGUUUGGUGGUGAGCAGUUAAUCAUUGUUGAGUAUGUUCCCAAUGGAAAUCUUCGUGAACACCUUGAUUGUGUCAAUGGAAAAAUUCUUGAAUUUUCUCUAAGAUUGGAUAUUUCAAUCGAUGUGGCUCACGCUGUUACAUAUCUUCACACCUACUCAGAUCACCCAGUCAUCCACAGGGACAUCAAAUCGUCAAACAUUCUUCUCACAAACAACUGUAGGGCAAAGGUUGCUGACUUUGGAUUUGCCAAACUAGCUCCAACUGAUGCUAGCCAUGUCUCAACCCAAGUAAAAGGAACAGCAGGCUAUCUUGAUCCUGAAUAUCUCAGAACAUACCAGCUCAAUGAGAAGAGUGAUGUCUACUCCUUUGGAGUUCUUCUGGUGGAGUUGAUAACAGGGAGGCGCCCGAUAGAACCAAGGAGAGCUAUCGUCGAGCGUGUUACUGCAAAAUGGGCAAUGGAAAAAUUUGUUGAGGGAAAUGCAAUACAAACGCUGGAUCCAAAUCUAGAAGCAACUGAUGCGAUCAACCUGGCCGUCGAGAAAACGUACGAGCUGGCUCUGCAGUGCUUAGCUACAACUAAGAGGAACAGACCAAGCAUGAGGCGAUGCGCUGAGAUCCUAUGGAGCAUACGCAAAGAUUUCAGGGAGUUGGAUAUACCAACCGCAUCCCUGAACUGAACUGAGACAGUUCACUUGGAGCAAUCAAGAAAAGCUGCACUCCAGUUUGCCUCUCUUCAAAGCGUGGUGGUAUGAAUCACCCGAUUGCUGGAUGAUGAAUUUAUUCCUUCAGGAUGUGGUCUAAGUAGUUGUGAUUGUGAACGGGACUGGUGAUCUUCCUAGGAAUUGUGUGUUCACCAGCUAGCAACUAGGAACAAUUGCAUAGCAUAUUCUGUACAUGAUAAAUUGUUGCUGUGAGCAAGACAGACACAGAUACUAUAUAAUGGUAUAUUGGUUGAGGAUGCAAUUUUGUUGUGAUUA